AUAUAUAGUCAAAUGGUCCGGACUGCUUUUGAUCCAGGAUUUUAACUUCAAAGAACUGCAGCUACACACUUGAGCUCCUGUAAAGUGAGACUUAAACGCGAGGAAGAGAAAGUGGCCAUCUCGGGAUAACAGGAAUCGGAAUUAUAUCUGUACAGCUAUUCUUUGCGUUACCGAGCUUGUCAGUGGGUGUAGCUGCUGUACAGAAGCUGUCAGAUGACCAUGAAUCUCUGGAUAAUUACGUUAAGUUUGAUGGGGGUUGCUUGUGAUGUGCUACAAUUCGAACCAGCUUUACCUUCAACCAUUGGUUCUUGUCAGGUGCUGUGUUCUUGUGAAGAAAAGGAUGGAACCUUUAUGAUAAACUGUGAAGAAAGAGGCAUCAAGGAGGUAUCUCAAGUACAUGUUCCACCAUCCCGGCCUUUCCACCUUAGUCUUCUAAACAACAGUUUGACCAUGCUACACAUGAAUGAUUUCUCCAGCUUUAUCAAUGCUCUCUCUCUCCACCUUGGAUUUAACUAUAUUGUAGACAUUGAACCAGGAGCAUUUAAUGGGCUAAGUCUACUGAAGCAGCUUCAUAUCAAUCACAACUCUUUAGAAGUACUUAAAGAGGACACAUUUCAUGGGCUGGAGAACUUGGAAUUCCUUCAAGCAGACAACAAUUUCAUCACAAUAAUUGAAUCAAGUGCCUUCAGCAAGCUCAACAGGCUUAAGGUGCUCAUUUUAAAUGAUAAUGCCAUUGAGUUUCUUCCUCCCAAUGUAUUUCGCUUUGUGCCAUUAACUCACUUGGAUCUUCGUGGAAACCAGCUGCAAACUCUACCUUAUGUUGGCUUUUUAGAACAUAUCGGUAGAAUUUUAGAUCUUCAGCUGGAAGAUAACAAAUGGCUCUGUAAUUGUGACCUUCUGGAGUUAAAGAGUUGGUUAGAAAACAUGCCUCCCCAGUCUAUAAUAGGUGAUGUUGUAUGCCACAGCCCCCCCAUAUUGAAAGGUAACAUUUUAAGUAGAUUAAAACAGGAAUCACUCUGUCCCACUCACCCUACAAAUGACCUUGACUCCCCAUCAGGGUCAUUGCCGUUAGUGGUUACCACAUCAAUAAGUGAUGGUCACUACUCAACCAAGGUGAUACCUAUUUUUAAAGCUCCUACUAAGGAAUCCGGUUUAACACUUCAUGUAACAAAGCCAGCUACUCUGCUUCCUGGAAUAUAUUGUCCUGUCCCCUGUCAGUGCACUAGCCUUACCCUUUCAGGGAUUUUAAUGCAAUGCAUGGAACAAAACAUUGAAAGCCUGUCGGAUUUAGGGCCUCCCCCUCCAAAUCCGAAAAAGCUUAUUCUAGCAGGAAAUAUAAUUCAGACUUUACUGAAAUCAGACCUGGUAGACUAUGGUAGUCUAGAAAUGCUUCACUUGGGAAACAAUCGUAUUGAAGUCCUAGAAGAAGGAUCCUUUAUAAAUCUCACCAGACUGCAGAAAUUAUAUCUCAAUGGCAAUCAUCUCACCAAACUGAGUCGCAAUUUGUUUUUAGGCUUGCAACAUGUUGAGUAUUUGUAUCUUGAAUAUAAUGCCAUCAAGGAGAUCUUACCAGGGACAUUUAAUCCAAUGCCUAAACUUAAGGUCCUCUUCUUAAAUAAUAACCUUCUGCAGACUUUGCCACCCCAUAUUUUUUCUGGAGUUCCUCUCGCCAGGCUAAAUCUGAAAACCAACCAGUUCUCACAUUUGCCCAUAGGGAAUGUCUUAGAUGAUCUAGAUCUACUAAUACAAAUUGAGCUGGAAGAAAACCCUUGGGAUUGUACUUGUGACUCAGUUGGGCUGCAGCAAUGGAUACAAAAGCUGAAUAGAAAUGCAAUGACAGGUGAAAUUUUAUGUACAUCUCCGAGGCAUUUAGCUAAAAAGGAACUGAGAACUCUGAAUAGUGACAUGUUAUGUCCAGGCUUAAUCAACAGCCCAGCCCUCCCAACUCAUGCUAGUUUCAUAAUAGUCACAACAUCACCAACCACUGCCAACACAGCAGACACCAUUCUGCGAUCAAUCACCGAUGCCAUCCCUCUUUCUGUUUUAAUCCUGGGGCUUUUGGUUAUGUUUAUACUUGUCAUUUUUUGCGCAGCUGGCAUUGUUGUCCUCGUUCUCCAUCGACGGAGAAGAUACAAAAAGAAGCAGGCAGAUGAACAGCUGCGGGACAACAGCCCGGUACAGCUUCAGUACAGCAUGUAUGGUCACAAAACAACACACCACACCACUGAGCGCCCUGCCACAACCUUGUAUGAACAGCGUAUGAUCAGCCCCAUGGUUCAAGUGUAUCGAAGUCCAUCCUUCAGUCCCAAAUUUGCAGACCAUCAAGAGGAGAGGAACAACAAGGAUGGAAAUGAUUCUAAACACCUUCGCAGAAGUCUCUUAGAAAGGGAGAACUCCUCCCCUCUGACAGGGUCAAAUGUUAAAUACAAAGCUACGGACCAAUCAGCUGAGUUCCUGUCCUUCCAGGAUGCAAGCUCUUUGUAUAGGAACAUUCUUGAAAAAGAGAGAGAACUUCAGCAACUAGGGAUAACUGAGUAUCUACGGAAAAACAUUGCCCAGCUACACCCUGAUAUGGAAGUACAUUAUCCAGGAGCUCAUGAAGAGUUCAAGCUGAUGGAGAAACUUAUGUACUCCAGACCGAGAAAGGUUUUAUUAGAACAGACUAAAAAUGAGUAUUUUGAGCUCAAGGCCAACCUGCAUGCAGAACCUGAUUACCUGGAAGUCUUGGAACAGCAAACAUAAAGCAACCCUCCCCCUUUGGAAGGACUAGUACUAUCUUAACUUGGAACUUUGUAAAUAAAAGUGCCUUAUAAUAAUGUGUCAUCAAUCAGAACUUUAAGCACAGCAGUCAUCCGAGUAAAAAUAAACUCUCAGGGAUAACUGUGUGAAGAAGCCAUGGGAAAGUUUGCAGGCUAUAUGUGUCACCCCCCACAUUAAAUGUGAACUGUGUGUGACUGGAUUCUGGAGGAAAUUUAGUUUGCAUCGCCAUAUUCCUCCAGACCUGCAUGGCAAUCCCUCAUUCUUUCGCUAAAAACAAGAUUAAAACAUUUGUUACUUCAAUUCCCUUUUUAAAUCUGCAUUUACAGUACAUUUUCUUAGAAGUUAUCUGUAUACCUAGUUAAAACAGGCUAGUGUAUAUUGGUUAGGGAUUGGUCCCCACAUAUGAACAUUACCUACAGAUUGCACAUGACAUUGCCACAUAAUAAAUACAAGAGAAAAUUAUAUGAUUUUUUAAAAUGUAUUUAAUUGUGUGCACCUAGGUUCUGCCAAUACAUAAGUACCUUUUGUUUGGAAUGUUAUUUAUCAGAAAAUUGGUUAGAAUGUGUGGAUGGAGGGAAAAAACUGUAUACAUGUUUUAUCCAGGAAUUUAAAAGACAUAAAACCUUUUUGCCACUUUCCCUGUCUGGCGAUUUUAGUCACAUGUUGGACAAUCUUCAAUAUAAUGCUGCUAUAGACUCCUGUGCACCAUUAGUUCGACACUUAUAUCUGGGAAAUUUGGAAAGCUACUGAGAAUUUAUUGUAAAUAUAUUCUUAAACCAAUGAGUUGGAUGUUUUGUUUUUGUAUUUAUAUGAUUGACUUCUAUUAUGAUGGUGGAUAUUCCAGAGAAAACAUCAGUUUGUCAUGGCCAGUAAAUUACACAUGCAAGAACUUAUUUGUGCAUCUGUGCAAAUACACAUGCAAACCAGGAGAAAAAUAAGCAAUGAGUAUAAGUAUUUGUGUAUCUGCAUUUGCCACAACUAUAUAGCAAAAGAACUCUUUAAAUGGUCUGGUUUAAACAUGACAUCAGAUAUGUAAUAAAAACUACAUACCCUUACAUAUGUCGUGUUUGCGGCUAGCCGUAUUUCUGUUUAGAGUCACCGGAAUAUAUGCAUACAGCAUUAGAACACCAGGGAUUCUUCUCAUCUGGGUAUAUGCCAUCCUGACAUGUUAAUGCUGAACAUGUAGGUGUCAGUGACCAUGUGAUCCUAUGAAUGUCUUCUCAGAAAUAAGCCCUAUUGAGUUCCUCCAUGGGUAAGUGUGUAUAGGAUUGCGGUCUAAAUUUAAAUAUGAUGUUUUCUUUUUCAUACCCAAUGGGAUAUUUAAUCUGGGCCUCAGAUAUGGCCUAAGUCAUAAGAAAGCUGACAUGAAAGUAAGUUCCUUGGAGCCAUUUCACACAUUGCACUUCAUCAGACCCAGGUUUACUGCCAGCUGCACUCUCAAG